UCUCGCGUCAUUUCUUUCUUCCUUCCUUCCUUCCUUCCUUCCUUCUCCUUCCCUUUCAAAUCCACCUUUCUUUCUGGUCUCAUCCCAAUCAUCAUUUCCGUACUAAAUUUCUGCGAGAAUGGCUACUUAUACGCCGAAGAAUAUACUGAUCACUGGGGCAGCUGGCUUUAUUGCAUCUCAUGUUGCUAAUCGCCUAAUUAGGAACUACCCUGAUUACAAGAUUGUUGUGCUUGACAAGCUUGAUUAUUGCUCGAGUCUCAAGAAUCUUAAUCCGUCUAGAUCAUCUCCUAAUUUCAAGUUUGUUAAGGGGGAUAUUGGGAGUGCUGAUUUGGUUAACUAUCUUUUGAUUACCGAGUCUAUUGAUACGAUAAUGCACUUUGCUGCACAGACUCAUGUUGAUAACUCGUUUGGUAAUAGUUUUGAGUUUACGAAGAAUAAUAUCUAUGGCACCCAUGUUCUUCUUGAGGCCUGCAAGGUUACUGGUCAGAUUAGAAGGUUUAUUCAUGUAAGUACAGAUGAGGUGUACGGUGAAACGGAGGAGGAUGCUGUUGUUGGUAACCAUGAAGCUUCGCAGCUUCUUCCAACGAACCCAUACUCUGCCACUAAAGCUGGUGCUGAAAUGCUUGUCAUGGCGUAUGGUAGGUCAUACGGGUUGCCGGUGAUCACCACCAGAGGGAAUAAUGUUUAUGGUCCAAACCAGUUCCCGGAGAAGCUUAUCCCGAAGUUCAUCCUUUUGGCCAUGAGAGGAAAGACACUUCCGAUUCAUGGUGAUGGAUCUAAUGUUAGGAGUUAUCUCUACUGUGAGGACGUUGCUGAGGCUUUUGAAGUGAUUCUUCACAAGGGUGAAGUUGGUCAUGUUUAUAAUAUUGGGACGAAGAAGGAGAGACGAGUUAUUGAUGUUGCAAAAGAUAUGUGCAAGCUUUUCAAUAUGGAUCCUGAUGCAAGCAUCAAGUUUGUGGAGAAUAGGCCGUUCAACGAUCAGAGGUACUUCUUGGAUGACGAGAAAUUGAAGAGCUUGGGUUGGUCUGAAAGGACCUUAUGGGAGGAGGGUCUUAAAAAGACCAUCGAAUGGUAUACUAGCAAUCCUAAUUGGUGGGGAGAUGUCUCUGGAGCGCUUCUUCCUCAUCCAAGAAUGUUGAUGAUGCCCGGUGGAGUUGAUAGGCUUGUUGAUGGACCUGAAAAUUCUGAGUUUGAUUCAUCUGAUGUCGCAAUCAAUACUUCUCAGAUUGGUGUUCAGGUUCCUUCAAAGUCCACUAUCAACUCUCCUAAGAAACCAGCUUUGAAGUUCCUCAUCUAUGGUAAAACUGGGUGGAUCGGUGGCCUACUUGGAAAGUUAUGUGAGAAACAAGGAAUUACAUACGAGUAUGGAAGAGGUCGUUUGGAAGACCGUUCACAACUUCUGGCUGAUAUUCAAUCUAUUAAGCCUACUCAUGUUUUUAAUGCUGCUGGUGUCACUGGUAGACCUAAUGUUGAUUGGUGUGAAUCUCACAAGACCGAAACUAUUCGUACGAAUGUGUCGGGCACUCUUAAUAUAGCAGACGUGUGCAGAGAAAGCGGGCUUGUGAUGAUCAAUUUUGCUACUGGAUGCAUUUUUGAGUAUGAUGCUAAACACCCUGAAGGUUCUGGCAUUGGUUUUAAGGAAGAAGAUACACCCAAUUUCGUUGGGUCCUUUUAUUCCAAGACCAAAGCUAUGGUUGAGGAGCUAUUGAAAGAGUAUGACAAUGUAUGCACCCUCAGAGUGAGGAUGCCCAUAUCAUCAGACCUCAACAACCCACGUAACUUCAUCACCAAAAUUGCUCGUUACGAUAAAGUUGUGAACAUACCCAACAGCAUGACUAUUUUGGAUGAACUUUUACCAAUUUCGAUUGAGAUGGCCAAGAGAAAUUUGACGGGAAUCUGGAACUUCACAAAUCCUGGGGUGGUAAGCCACAAUGAGAUUCUUGAAAUGUACAAGAAGUACAUAAACCCAGAAUUUAAAUGGGUUAACUUCACACUGGAAGAACAAGCCCUAGUGAUAGUCGCCCCGCGAAGCAAUAACGAGUUGGAUGCAUCAAAGUUGAAGAAAGAGUUCCCAGAAUUACUUUCAAUCAAGGAGUCAUUAAUCAAGUACGUAUUCGAACCCAACAAAAAGCAGUAAUAGCAAUUAUUUCUAGAGUUUAUUGAAACCUCAUAUUCACUUGUGCUUCAUUACUUGCUAGUUUUUGUAUGGUUUGGAUUAUACAUCUGUAACGUUUUAAGUCGACAUUGCUCUAGUGUUUGUUUCAUAGCAUUGAUCACACAGAGAUUAUAGGAGGCUAUUUCUUUAGUUAUUUUAUAUUCAUCAUCUUCUGUCUCCACGAAAGUUAGUUUGUUAAAAAUUUGUUACCGAGUAUUUCCCCUUCAGUUUUGUUAAAAGUUUCACCCAGGAUUGUAUUAUUGAAUUCUCUAUAUGAUUUGUUAUGUCGUUAUUUGUUACUGGCAAGUGGCAAUCUAGUUUAUUUGUGA